AUAGCAGAUUUUAAUGGGCAGCAAAAGAAGAAAAAGAGAGUUAUUUUCGGAAGCUGCAUUAUUGGUCUUACUAACACACAGCGGGGGAGAGAGAGACAGAGCAAGAGAAGAAGAAAGAGAGAGAGAGAGAGGAGGGAGCGGAGCCGUCUGCGCACGAGCGUCACUGCGCGUUUUCAACCAAAUUAUUUAAUACAAUUUCUUUUGUUAAAACAGCUUUCCUGAAAUGUAAAAGGCCGUUGUUGCGGACACUGGAGCGCGAUCUUGGAUAAACCGAAGCGCACGGAAAGGAUGUUCCCGUCAGCAGGAGCAGGUGGAUUCAGCCAAGUGGAGGCGCAGGGCGCAGAGAGCGACAACGACGCACAAUAGGAGACGGAGCAGAACACCUGCUCCCACGGAAGACCCCACUCAUUCUCAGUUAUGCUGCUCGCUUAACAAGCAGCUCUGUCUAAAAAACUGGAUUUGUCUACCAACUUUUUUUUCUUUAUUUAACCAUGUGAGCUACGUGACAAAUGGACGCACCACAGCGCAUUUGGAGAAUACUGUGAUUAAAGGGGGAAAAAAGGGGAGAAAAAGAUCAAGGACUGCUCUGGUGGCUGCUUCCCUAAAGCUAUUCUCAAAAAAAGGGAAAAAAUCUAUCUAGUUCUUAUCAAAGACAUAAUCAUCUGCAAGGAUGCCCGGAGCGCUUACAGCAGCACAGUCUGUCUACAUAGGCAUGGAGGUGGUGAUAGCACUCUCGUCGGUAAUUGGGAAUGUGAUGGUGGUUUGGGCGGUGAAAAUUAAUAAAUCGUUGCGAGAUACGACGUUCUGCUUCAUCGUGUCCCUGGCUCUGGCGGAUAUUGCAGUGGGAGCGCUCGUCAUCCCUCUGGCCAUCACUAUCAGCAUCGGACUCCAAACUCACUUCUACAGCUGCCUGCUCGUGGCGUGCACGGUGCUGGUGCUGACGCAAAGUUCAAUCCUGGCUCUUCUGGCCAUUGCUAUUGACCGCUAUCUCAGGGUCAAGAUCCCCACCAGGUACAAGCGAGUGGUGACUCCUCGUCGAGCAGGGCUGGCAGUGGUAGUAUGUUGGACGGUGUCUUUCAUUGUGGGGCUUACACCCAUGCUGGGCUGGAACAACUUAUGGCGCCUGCAGCAAAACGGCUCCAUCAGUUCUGACCUUAUUAUCACCUGCCAGUUUGAAAAUGUUAUCAGCAUGGACUACAUGGUAUAUUUCAACUUUUUCGGUUGGGUUCUGCCACCUCUGGUGCUGAUGCUGCUCAUUUAUGCAGAGAUCUUCUACAUGAUCCACAAGCAGCUCAACAAUAAGAAGAUCAACAGCAGUCACUCAGACCCCAACAAAUACUAUGACAAAGAGCUAAACCUUGCUAAGUCUCUGGCUCUCGUCCUGUUUCUCUUCGCCAUCAGCUGGCUUCCCCUACACAUCAUCAACUGCAUCACUCUCUUCUGCCCUGAGUGCAAUAAGCCCAUUGCCUUCCUCUACAUUGCAAUUCUUCUCACCCAUGGCAACUCUGCUGUCAACCCAAUUGUCUACGCUUUCCGCAUAAAGAAGUUCCGCACAGCUUUCCAGAAAAUCUGGCAACAGUACUUCUGCUGCAAAGACACACCAGCCCUGGAGAUCCAGCCCAGUGACAGGAAAGAGAUGCCCACCCUGGACGCAAAGGAGCCGACUUCACCUCAGCCCCCCCAGAAGCAGAUGCUCAAAUUAGACGCACCACAAGAACAGACGCUUCCACCUGAGCAGGAGGAGCAGGAAACCGAACCCCCACAGCAACCGAAGGAACACCCACCAUUACUGGAGCAUAAUGCCGUCUAAGCCAAGUCAAGGAGCUGGAUGCUUGAUUGAAAAGUACUGAUCGGUGCUCAACCACUGAUUCUGCCCUCACUCUGAAUGCUUUCUAAUGAGGAAGAUGACGCAGUCACAAUGGAAGUGACAUGGAGAGUGAUGAAUGAAUCUCAGAGAUUGGAAAAUCAUUUACUUUACUCAGGAGCAACGGAUUUACUGAAGGUUUGGUCAAAGUAAGGCAAACAAGUGAAAAAGGAAAAAAGGGUAUCUGUAACUUUGCAAUAAUAGGAGGUUUUUGACAGUGUUUCUUAGUAACAGACUGAAGACAUUAAGCUUUAAUUAUUUUGUUAAUUACAGUGAAACCAGUCGAUGUAAAAAUUACAAAAUGUGCAAUAUAAUUUAUUGUGGAACAGUAUCAAACUAUGAAGUGUAACCUGAAUUAUGUGGGUGCUGUGGAGUGAAAGUUUAUACAUUCAGCAGAACAGAAACAGAACCUUACUACUGUAAUACUGCGCUUACAUGUAAGCUGACAAUGGCUCAAGGAAAUGAAUGUAACAUUAAUGUAAAUAUAGCAGCACAGCUGUAAACUCUCAUCUCUUCUUCAGGGUCUUAAUCACACAAAAGUGGUAGAGCAAGUGGUGCUACGGGAGGCAUUUUUGCAGCAAGGAGAUGUGUGUGUGUGCUGAUAGAAGGGUUUCUAAUCCCUUAACGCUUUUCCACUGGAGCUGAGUCCCCCUGUGAUCCAGCAGCACUGAUCCAUUAUGGGGAAGAUGGACGGAGAUAAGGAACAAGGAGCUGGAGGGAAUGGGAGGUUUUGCUCUUUAAAAGCUGCUUGCAGGAGACUCAUGGCUGGAGGAUGACAGCAACUCAUGGGGAAGAAAAAACAAGAUGCACUUAAGACUCGAUUUAUCCAGCCUCCACGCCAGCUGGUGGUAGGAGCGAGGCUCUGCUUUUUUCCAUACUUAGACUGGUAAAACCUCAUUCCACCUUACCACUAAAGGCAGUGGCUUUAUGGCCUUUCAGUAUUUAAAUCAGUGUGGACUGGCCCAGAAAAGACAACCUGAAGAUUGUGAGUAUCUUUAAUAGACUGUGAGCUCAACAUUUUGCAUUUUGCCACAUUAAGGCAUCUGUAGAUUAGUAUUAAACUGUUUAUUGCCGCUGACAUAACAAUACUAUACGAGAAUGUAAAAUAAUUCUGUUUUGUCUGUCGUAAAAGGCUUAGAGCUCUGACCAAGACAGUUUACCAAACCCAGUCGUACAAUAGCAAAAAAGGCUGUCAUUGCAUGUUUCUGCAAACCUUCCAUUUUUAUAAGAGUACCUUGGUUGAUGAUGGGAAAAGACUGUGGGUUGGUUUAAAUAUUACAAAAUAUGUUUUCACAUUGUUGUGGGAGCAGUUAGGGCUUUUUCUGUAUGUAAUCAAGCCCUGACAUCUUUUCCUAAAUUGAACCAAUUUCUGCCAGAAUCUACACCUACCCAUAAAAAUAUUAUUUUAUAUAUAAUCACUAAUACUUCUACAAAUAGGUCUACUACACAUGAACACAUUUCAAGUUAGAAAGAGUCAUGAACAGUUAAAACACUAUAAUAUUGUUGGCUCUUUCAAGAAAUAUUGAUAGGAAACAUAGUUUUUAAUCACAAACAUUGAGAUCAUACCAUUGCAGAAACAUACAAUGACAACAUUCUAAUGUUUUACUGGCGAAUGGGUUACAAAGAAAGUUUACCACUGAUGUUCUCCCAAGUGGAUGACAAUCUCUGUGCGUUAACAAUGUUUUCUAUGUAGUCAAACAUCUGGUACAGGCAGUGAAUGUGUUUAUGCUUGGAUGACUGAAAAGACAGUGUCAACAGAAACUUUAAUACGAUCCACAUCACCUGUAUCAAGAUGUGACCUCAAAGUGUAUAGGCCAGAUGGACUGUACAUAAGUCAAAACUGA